GUGCGGUAUUAAGGGCAUAACUUGUUCUGCUUUCCCUCAUUGCUCUCCGUCCUUCAUUACUCUCUCUUCACUGACAUCAGAUCAGCCUUGACAUCUUUCACUGUCAUCAUGUCUACACUUAAGGAAGCCAUGGCCACACUCAUUGAGGUCUUCCACAAAUAUGCUGGUGGCGACGAGCUCCUCAACAAGGCUGAGCUGAAGGUCCUGUUGGAGCGGGAGUUUGGUGACAUGCUGGUAUUGGUGGGGAAUCUAAAAGACCCAAGAGUGGCAGAUGGGAUCUUCAGACGCAUGGACCUGGAUGGCAGUGGAAGCGUUGACUUCGCAGAGUUUGUGACAAUGGUGGCUGAGUUCACUGCUGCAAUCAAUAACAUGCAUUGCAGAUGAGGACAUUGGAAACACCUUUUCAGAAGAAUAAAGCUUUUCAUUCUGUAUGUGGUCUGUGUGCUGAAACUUGACUGCAGUGAA